GAGAUCCGACAAGUCGUCCGAUCCCUCUGCCAAGGAACAGCAGACGAGCAGCGCCGCACCCUCGACCGCUACUUCACCAGGGACGCCUCCUUCGUCCACCCGUUCUGCGCCGUGCCGCACUUUGACGGGGUGCGCGUGCCGCUGCUGGGCGGCCGGCUCAGCUCACGGGAUGUGGUUCGGGGCAUCUUUCAGUGGUAUCGGAUGCUUUCGCCGCGGAUUGAUAUCGAGAUAGACUCUGUGUUACACGACGAGGCCCGCGACAAGAUCUAUCUCGACAUCCGGCAAACCUUCUCCGUCUGGUUCAUCCCCAUGUACCACGCCCACGUCCGUCUCGUCACCAUCCUCGACCUCGUGAGAGACGAAACCCCAACCAGGUCUUCGAGAGGUAACGAUGACAACGACUAUGAAAAGGAAAAGGACACCCCAAGCGGGCCCCGCCAGUGGAAGAUCGCCAAGCAGGAAGACCUCUACCAGGUCAACGAGUUCCUCCGCUUCGCCGGCCCCACGCCUCUGCCGUUCCUGUGGCUGCUCUUCCAGCUCGGUGCGGCCGCCGUGUGUGUGUUGAUGGCUUUG